AUGUAACUUAGAAAGGAAAGAAUACAUUAUCAUGGAAAAACCAAUAAAGAUCUGAAGUAAGAAAUAAAUGAAAUAUUAUAGACAAAUAUAAAAGUUUGUAGAGAGUGGAGAUUUAUCUGAUAUAGAGAGACCAAGGAUACAAUCAUUAAAUAGCUCAAAUAGGAAGAACUUUCCUCAAUUACUAGAAAGUAGAAGAAAAAUGAUGUCUAGUUUUGUAGAUCCAAUUGUUGAGACAAAGAACUUUACAACAAAGAAAUAUGAACAUCAUGAUAUUGGUUAUCCUAGGUAAGCACAUUUAGAAGAGAAAUAAUUAAGAAAAAGAGCAUUCUGUGGAGAUUCAAAUACAUUAUAUAACAGGAAGGAGAUAUCAAGAUUAGCUGAUAGAGAUGAAGAAUAAUAUUUAGGAGAUAAAGUUAAAUUGGCAAAUUAAAAGAUUGAAGAGAAUGCAAAAGGAAUACAAGAAACUUAAUUAGUAGGAUUAGAAAAUAAAAUUACAUUGGAUGGGAAGGUAGAUCUUGAAAAGGUGAGAGAUAUUAAAAGAUCUAUUAGAAGAAGAUAUGCUAAUAGGAAGAACUUUUAAAAAAUAUUUAAUUCAUGGGAUGAAGAUGCAAAUGGAGCUAUAAGUGUUAAGAACUUAUACAAUAUGGUAAAUAAAAUGGGAAUCAAUAUUAAUUAAGAUGAAGCAAAAGUAUUAUUAGCUAGUGCAGAUAAGGAUGGUUCAAAUGAUUUAGGAAUGGAUGAAUUUAUGGAUCUUAUAUUUAAUGAUAAAGAUAUAUUAAAUGUAGAUUUUAAAUAAUUAGAUACAAAUUAAAAUAAUACUAUCAAUAUUUUAAUUUAAGAUGCUUAAUAGGCUUAUCAAAGAAAACAUCAUAAUUAAAUUAAUAUUAUGCUUAAAAAUAGAGUAUUAUUGUUCAUAUUAACUAUUAUUAGUAAAUUAAAUUAGGUUAGUGGUUAUUGGAAGCCGAUGAAAAAUAAGAAGGUUAUUUAAGUUAGAAGAAAUUUGAAGAAGUUAUCCAAAAAUUGAGAAUUGAUGAAAAAAUCUUGAGUAAUGAUGACAUUAAAGAAAUGGCUAAUAAUUUUAAAUAAAAUAAUCAAUCUAUUGAUUAUAAAUAAUUUAUUAACCAUUUAAAAUAGUUUUAAUUAAAAGAAGAAGUUUAUGUAAAUAUAUUAAAGCUAUUGAUCAGGAUGAUCCAUAUGCUAUCAAAGAAUAGGUUCAUUUGAUUAAACAUAAAUAAGAAUAAAAACAAAAGUAUUAUAUAUAUAAUAUAAAUAAUUAGAAUUAAUGCAUUUGAUCCAACAAAAGUGAAUGGAUGGCAUUUAGAAAGAAUGAGAUAUCGAGCUAACAAUAUGAUUAAUAAAUUGAAGAAGUAUCUACCUGAAAAAGAGAAUUUUUAAGAGUACUUGUAAGAAAAGCUAAAUGGAGAAACAAUUAAUCAAAAGGAAUUUAAUCAAAUUGUCGUCCAAUUUUUAAAUAGUGUUAAUGAAACUCAUCAUUAAUUUGAUAUUGAGUCAUUACUUAGUGUUGUCUAAUUCAAUCAAUAUAAAACAUAAUCUAAAGCUGAAAUUCUUAGAAUUAUUUAUGAGUAUACGUAUUAUUUACUUCUAGAGAAAAUGAUGAUGAAUUUUUUGAAAGAGCUUAAUAAUAGAUCAGAUAACCUCCUCCUCCAAAAGAGAAAGCUAUCAUAUAAGGAUUAAAGCUAAAUGAUAUUCAAGAUGAUGACCAAUUAGAUAAUACAAAAAUAAUGUAUUACAAUAAAGAAUGUGGAUUGUCUAUGAAUUUACCUAAUAUCAACAAAUAAGUUUAAGCUGUUUUGAAAAAAGUGGAUGAUAAAAUAUUUAAUAAGAGAGAAAGAUAAUUAAAGAUUUUCAAAGAAUUUGAUAUUGAUUAAGAUGGUUAUGUUUCGUAAGUUGAUAUGUAGCAAAGAAUGAAACAUAUUUUGACAUAGGAUGAAAUAGGAUUACUAAUUUAAUAUCUUGAUCCAGAAAAUAAAGGAUUUAAUAAUUUUACCGAAUUUUCAUAAAAAAUAAGAAAUGGUAUGACCAUUUUAGAUGAAAAUGGAACAUAAUUAAUUAAUGUAAAUACAUAACCAAGCAAAACUACUAUAGUAGCAGCUAGCUCAUUUUUACCUGAAUUACAGAAAUCUAUUGAUGAAUUUAAGAGACCCUUUAUUGCCUCAAAGAAUAGAUCGGAUUAUAAGCCUUCUACAAGAUAUGGAGCUACACCUUAUCUCAAAGAUACAUUUGCUAAUAUUGUUCCAUUAGAAAAGAGUGGCUUAUGGGCAUCUGCUGAAUAAAGAUUCAAUAAAAAUAGAGAAGAGUAUUUAUAGGAUGAAAAGAAGUUGAAAGAAUAUAGAUAAGAUUAAAAAAUGGAGAGGAUAAGAAGUUAUCAAAAAGAAAUAAGGGAAAGAAUCAAAUCAUAAGAUGAUAGAUGUAAAUGA